AUGGAUGUUGAAAAGCUAUGGAAUCAUACAAAGAAAGAUUCCAUCUUUCAAACUACUCAUUUCUCUUCUUCUUCAAAACCUUUUUUCACAAGAAGCUUCUCAACAAAAACUUCAUCUUCUCCAUCAUCCAAAUCCCAUUUCACUAGAAGCUUCUCAACAAAACCUUCGUCGUCUUCUAGUUCUUCAGAUCUCAUUUUCAGACGGAGUUUCUCCGCAAAGCCUAAAACAUCGAAGUCUUUGCUUUUGUCUAGAAGCUGUUCCACGAAAUCCUCAGCUGAUUUAUCUUCCAAGUCUUCUUCUCUAUCUAGAAUCUUGUCAAAGAAAGGAGCUUCCGUGACGGGAAAAUGCUUCAAAGUAGCGAAGGAGCAUAAGUCCCGCUUCUACAUAAUCAAACGCUGUGUUUUGAUGCUCGUUUGCUGGCACAAACAUUCUUGAGAUUCAUUGCAUUGGAUCCAAAUAUAGAAGAGAAUCUUUGUGGAAGCAAAAAGAAUUAUUAAAUUUAUAACUAUGAAAAGAGUAUUCCAUUUGCAUUUGGUUAUAUUCUUUCGUUAACCCGUCUUUUUCUUCUAUCAAUGACCGUAUUUGGUAUAAACAACCAUCUCUAUUGCG